CACUAACCACAGCAUCUCUAUGCUGGCUGGCCGUGGUGGCACCCGCCCACCUUUCAGUUCACCUCAACCUCCACUGGCAACACCUGGUUUUUCCAGUUUGGAACUUGCUAAAGUUAUUAAAAGUGUCAACUAACCUGAAGUCUUAAUAGAAGCAGUUGAUGUGGGCGACCCCUACAGAAAACCUCAAGACUUUACUGAUGAGAACUCUGCAAAUUCUCUACCGUAAAGAGUUUUAACAACUAAGCUAAGACAUUAAAAAGGAAAAUACCAGAUGCCACCCUGCAGUUGAACUGACUACCACUUACUGGAUACAUUUAAAUCCUCCAAUCAACAGAGUAACCAGGUAACUUUAUAUCUAGAAAGGGAACGCGGCCAUGGACAACUUUACCUCUCCCCCGGGGAACGGCAGCCUGUGCACCAGGGACUACCACAUCACCCAGGUCCUCUUCCCGCUCCUCUACACUGUCCUGUUUUUCACUGGACUCAUCACAAAUAGCCUGGCAAUGAGGAUUUUCUUUCAAAUCCGCAGUAAAUCCAACUUUAUUAUUUUUCUUAAGAACACAGUCAUUUCUGAUCUUCUCAUGAUUCUGACUUUUCCAUUCAAAAUCCUCAGUGAUGCCAAACUGGGAACAGGACCACUGAGAGUGUUCGUGUGCCAAGUGACCUCUGUCAUAUUCUACUUCACAAUGUAUAUCAGUAUUUCAUUCCUAGGGCUGAUAACUAUCGAUCGCUACCAGAAGACCACCAGGCCAUUUAAAACAUCCAGCCCCAACAAUCUCCUGGGGGCCAAGAUUCUCUCUGUUGUCAUCUGGGCAUUCAUGUUCUUACUCUCUUUGCCUAACAUGAUCCUAACCAACAGGAGGCCGAGAGACAAGAAUGUGAAGAAAUGCUCUUUCCUCAAAUCAGAAUUUGGUUUGGUCUGGCAUGAAAUAGUCAAUUAUAUCUGUCAAGUCAUUUUCUGGAUUAAUUUUUUAAUUGUCAUUGUAUGUUAUACACUCAUUACAAAAGAACUAUACAGGUCAUAUGUAAGAACAAGGGGUACUGGCAAAGUUCACAAGAAAAAGGUGAACAUCAAGGUUUUCAUUAUCAUUGCUGUAUUUUUUAUUUGUUUUGUUCCCUUCCAUUUUGCCCGGAUUCCCUACACCCUGAGCCAGACCCGGGAUGUCUUUAACUGCUCUGCGGAGAAUACUCUGUUCUAUGUGAAGGAGAGCACGCUCUGGUUAACUUCCUUAAAUGCAUGCCUGGAUCCAUUCAUCUACUUUUUCCUUUGCAAGUCCUUCAAAAAUUCCUUGAUGAGUAUGCUGAAGUGCACCAAUUCUGCAACAUCUCCCCACGAAAACAGGGGGAAAGGUCAGGAUGGUAGGGACCCAAGCGAAGAGACUCCAAUAUAAACACAUUGAGGUAAGAUUUCAAUCUGUUAACCAGAUUGAAAUAUUAGUGUUUGGAACUCCUAAAAGAAAACACUAUGUAAAAAUAUUAAUACUAAGAAGCAGCUGAGUAACAAUGACGCUUGAAACAAUAGAAGACUACAAAAGUAAUUUUCAUUUACUUUUCCAGUAUUAAAAGCUAUCUUAAAAUGUAGAAAACUAAAUUAACAUAUAGCUGUGGAGCAAAACAAACUGUUAUCCAAUAACCAUGUGACAUGCAAAACCAUACAGAAUUCAA